GUAUAACUGUUAUCUUCCCCUCCUCUCCGCUCCCUCUCGCUCUUUCUCUUCCUCCAAAGAAAACGGACACAGCAGACAGAUAGAAAGAUGGCACCGCCAGUUCCGCCGCGCAUGCCCACCCGCUCCGGGCCUCCGCCGCCUCUCCCACCGCGCCCACAGCCACCGCCAAUCCCACCAAAAUACACGCGGCCUGCACCACCACCGCUAGCACCAGCACAACCACCAGCGACACAAUCCCACCAAUACAACCACCUAGCACCCGACCAAGCCGAUUUCUUCCUCGCCAACGGCUACGUGCACCUUCCCAGCGUCUUCGAUCCCGCCAAAGCCGCACCAUGGCUAUCAACACUGUGGCCGCGCCUCGGCUACUCGGCAGACGACCUUAGCACAUGGAGCAAAGAGCGGAUCCACCUUCCCGCGACGACGCGGGAGCUCGCAUCGACAUUUGCGCCACUAGCGUGGGGGGCGAUGUGCGAUCUUCUCGGCGGCGAGGACCGGAUUGACACGGCCACCGGCUCGUGGAGCGACGCCUUCAUCGUCAACCUGGGCGUGCCCGGCGCCGAGCCGAAGGAGGGGACGAACCGCGACGGGAGGAAGAUGUGGGAUUGGCAUGUGGAUGGGGAUUUCUUCACGCAUUUCUUGGACUCGAGGGAGCAGGGGCUGCUCGUCGUGCCGCUGUUCUCGGAUAUUGUUGAGGGGGGCGGCGGGACUGUUGUUGCCCCAGAGAGCAUCGGCGUCAUCGCCAGGUAUCUCCACGCUCAUCCGGGAGGCGUGCCGCCGGGUUUUGGAGGCGGCAGGUGGUUCAUCGAGCAGGCUCAUGCAUGCUCGGAGUUUGUGGAGGUUACUGGGAAGGCCGGCGACGUGGUGCUCAUGCACCCGUUUAUGCUCCAUUCGGCGAGUAGGAAUUUUUUGAGGACGCCGAGGGUGAUCACGAAUCCGAGGGUCGGGUUGAAGCGACCGUUUAUGUAUGGGCGGGAUGGGAGUGCCCUGAGUUUGGUCGAGAGGAAGACGCUGCUGGAGUUGGGGGUGCAAGGGGAGAAGCUUGAUUGGGAGAUUACAGGUGAGAGAAAGGGGAUUGUGCCGGAGCGAGAGAGGAAGAAGUAGAAAUUUGGCGAAGUAGAAUGAUGUUAAUAUAUUUGGCUUUCCUGCUCUUACACUGGACGGAUUAGAG